AUGACCCUUAGAACGCUUUCCUCAAGAGUCGCUCUCUGUCUUGUCAUCGUCCUCAUCGCCCUUCUCUCCUUCACCUCAGUCCUCUUCUCGGGAUCCUCCUCCAAUGACAUCUACUACCCAGACAUCCUGCCUGCAUCCAACAGCGACCAGCCCUUCAAUCCUGACCCUCUCGCCCUCCUCGGACACAGGCGGCCAUUGAGACACAGCUACCAGGAACUCUACCGCCUCGACUCCAAAUUCAUGCUCAACGAGGACGGCACCGCCUCUGUCACCGUCAUCAUCCGUCCCGAGGACUUUGGCGACUCCCUCUCGAAACAGAUCCGCUCCCUCCUCACCCAAACAGUUCAGCCCCAAGCCAUCUGGAUCGCCGUCGCAGAGGAUCAGGACCUCACAAAGGCUCAGGAACUCAUCUCAUCCUUCAACAACGAAGAAGAGGAUGUCAGUGUAGACGACGAGGACGAAGAAGGCGCCGAGGUUGGCGAGGGUGAUUCCGAAGCCGCAGAGACAGAGGAAGAGCACGAGGAACGUCAACGGGUCAAGAUGCGCAUCGUCUCCAAGAACGAUCCCUGGUGGAGUGUCGCCCGUCAGGCUUCAUCGGAAUUCUUCCUCUUGCUCGAGAACGGCGUCAUUCCUGGAAGCAGUUACCUCGGAACUCUCCUCCGUCUGGCCCACACCCCAGAGUAUUCGCGCGCAUUACUUGGAAGCCACGGUGCAGUGUUGUCGACCAUGCCUGAGGACUUCCUGGACAGCGAUCUCGAUAUCAAAUGCUUGCCUGAGCAGGAUCGCAGCGGGCAGGUCAAAGCAACAGAGACCGUUGAUGUGUUGUCCGAUAUUUGGUUUGGCAGGACGGAAACCCUUCAACUUUUGAGCCUCGAACCGUGGGCGUCGACUGGAAAGGCACCUCUUAGCAUCUACCUCAGCACCAUGCUCCGAUACUACGGAUCGAUUCCGUCCAUUGUGGUCGCCAACGAUCCGCGCAACUUGGCCACCUGGGGCGACAUGAGGAAAAAGACCGUGCCCUCCAACUUUUGCGCCGAUAUCAAGAGACUUUACAAGGAGAGCAGCAUCUGGCAUUCUUGGAUUCAGCGCGGAAGAGCUCUUGUGUCUCAAUACGAGCAAUUAUCCAGCGUCGUCGUCUUUUUGGCCAGCAUCGAUGAAGCAGCUUUGCUCAAGGAUCUCAUCUGCCGCUGGAGUCUUUCACCCGACACCUCCAUCCACGUGGCUGUUGCAGGAUCGUCUCGUGGACUUGGACGCAAGGAGUUUGCUCAGCUCUUGCCUUCAGAGGACUGUCAUGUUGGCAUAUAUGACAUGCGGUUGAGCUACCUGCCCUACAAGCCCACUGAACUGGAAUCUAUUCGUCUCGCAUCCGAAGUCUCUGUCAACUCCUUCCAUAUCCUCCAUUCCCUUCGACCCAAGGUCAUCUUUUAUCUUCAAGAGCCCAACUCGAUCUUUUCUGACGGACUCGUCAUUGCUCAUACUCGUGCCAGCAUUCCUGCCAUUGCUCUCAAGCCCGAGGAUAUCGAACACGUCCGCUGGAUUCCCGACCUACCCAUCCAGGCCCUUCAAAACUGGAACACGCCUGAGGUCAAGCUGGUGGUCAUUACGAACAACCGUCCGGGAUCGUGCAUCCGCCUUUUGCGUUCGCUGUCGCAUGCGCACUACUUGAACGACAAGGUUUCGUUGACACUCAACAUGGAUGCAGAGGCGGAUCGAGUCACCAUUCAAAUGGCUGGAUCCUUCCAAUGGGAAUUUGGCGAAAAGUUUAUGAGACACCGUGUCCGUCGUGGCGGUCUGAUGUUGGCAGUCGUCGAGGCCUGGUAUCCCCAGGGUAACAACGAAUACGCAGUUCUGUUGGAGGACGAUGUCGAAGUAUCCCCCCUGUUCUACAGCUGGAUCAAGUACAACAUUCUCAAGUACCGAUACUCGCCCGACAGCCAGCUCUACCAGCAUAUGUUUGGCGUCAGCAUGUAUUCUCAAAAGUUUGUGGAGACACAUCUUGCAGGACGAGCGCCGUUCAACCCCGAGGACAUUUUCAUUGAAACACCCGAGUAUGAGCUCAGGACACCAUUCUUGCUUCAGCUUCCUUGCAGUUGGGGAGCUGUUUACUUCCCCGAGCACUGGAGAGAGUUUCACGAGUACGUCGCCGACCGCCUGCUGGAUAUUGAAUGGAACAAGACCAGUCUCCAGUCCGUGCAGAUCCCCAACUCUAGAACCAACCGCUGGUCCAACUCGUGGAAGAAGCUGUUUAUCGAGAUGAUCUAUAUGCGCGGCUACGUGAUGCUCUACCCCAACUUUUUCAACUUUACAUCCUUUUCAACCAACCAUCUGGAGUGGGGCACCCACACCAAGCAACAGAGAAACAGUGCAGGCACGUUCUUGGUUCCACUGAUGACGGACAGCGAGAGGCUGUUGGAUGAUCUCCCUAACCGCCGGCUGCCGGACUGGGAUUCACUCCCUGUGUUGGAUCUGUGGGCCAACCUGGCGACGAGUGCCGAGUUGAUUAAGCGUGGCAGGGCGCUGCAGGAACAGCUCAACCCAUGCUUGCUCAGGAACAACAACAAGGAGGUGAUCUGGGAGGGGCAGGAGAAGGAUCUCAAGUGUGCCAAGACGUUGCCGUACUACUCGACCCAUACGACACCAUUGCCCAAGACGACAGCAGCGCCGGCAAUCGAGACGUUGUCGAUAUCGGCGAUUGGUGCAGACCCUCUGGCAGCGGCGAGUGGGACGGCCUAUGGCGCAGGAUCGCCAUCGCCCAUGCCCACGCCGCCUCCUUCAGCAGACGAUGGUGACAACGACUUUGUCGAUACACCACCUGCACCCAGCAACCGCCUCUCGCCCAUUCCUUCUCCUACCCCUCGGUAA